AUGCCUGAAGGUGACGAACAAGUAUCUGGCUCACAGCCACAAGAUACUGUUCCGGUGGAGGUUCAGCCAGUCAGUAAGAAGCAGAGAGGUCCAACAAAGAUGAAAGAUAUUGCUAGGGAUCCAAAUUCUCGCAUUAAAGUUGAGUUCACUGAGUUAGGAGAACCGUGUGGAGAAGGGUCGGUGAAGUUGUCUUCUUACCUAGGCCCAUUGGUGCGUGAGCAUGUUCCAGUCUUAAUUGAUGAUUGGAGAAAGAUUGGUGAGGAGCUGAAGACAGUUCUCUGGAAAUCAGUUAAGAUACGCUUCGAACUAGAUGGAGCAUAUGAGAAGGCUGCUGUUAUGAAGCAGAUGGGGUGUUUAUGGAGGGCAUCAAAGUCACGCCUUGUUAAGCAGAUUAACAAGGCUAAAAACCAUGCAAACAGAAUGAAACUCAGACCAGACAAUAUCCCAACUCCAGAGUGGAGAAAGUUUGUGAAACAGAAGACUAGUGUGGAAUUUAAGAAAAAGGAGAGCUCAGAACCAGCUGAAGUGACAAGACUUAAUGUGUGGGUGAAGUCACGAACGAAAAAGGAUGGGUCAGCCGUGAACACAGAUGCUGCUUCCAAAAUCGCGAAGGAGAUCAUGCAAUCUGUUGCUGCAUCAGAGUCAUCUUUGAACCCAAAAGAAGACACGCUUGCACAGAUUUUGGGACCUGACAAUCCUGGACGCCUGCGAGCAAUGGGUAGAGGAAUGAGCUUGAGCAAACUUGCUUGUUUCCAAGUGAAGAGCAAGUAUGUGUCUGAUAUGCAGCAAACUCAAGUUCAGUUGCAGCUGCAAGUCAACGAGUUACAAGAAGCCCUUGAGAAACUGAAUAGCAAUCGUGCGGAAGCAGAUGUGGGUGAAAACUCAGCCCAGCGAAGUGUAAACCAAAGAACAAAGCCUAAGUGCAUUCUGUUUGACUGGGCUGGAUCUGAAUACAAAGUAGCUGAGGGUCGAAUUUUGUCUUUCGAUCACAUGGACUUUAUCAACAGUAUACCAUUAGGACCUAACUCAGUGAAGGUGUUGGUGGAGAUGGCUGUCAACGGAGACGCAUUUCUCUGGAGGCCUGCACAAAAUAUGUUAUGUAUUUCUCAGGCGGUAGGCGAAACUAUUGCGUGGCCUCAGAAUUGUGUCGUUGCUCUUGAAGAUGAGUUUCAACCAGAAGAUAUCCCUCCUAAGAGCCCAAGCACAACGUCUGUGAACAAAUGCAAACUCCUGAACUGGGUAUCUAAUGAUGAAGAACCUGUAGCUGAAGGCCGCUGGCAGACUCGUGAUCCCAAAGCUUUGGUGAAUGGCUUACCUUUAGGACCAAAUGCCAUAAAAGUGUUCGUCGAUGUGGUUAUAGAACCAGAUACUUUUAUUUGGCGGCCAACAGAAGAACUUUCAAACCUUCAGGACUCUUUGAAGACAUUUGUAGCGUGGCCAUUAAACGAGUUGUAUUCGACGAUCUAA